UCUAGUUCAUUCUGCUAUUACACAGGGCUGACGCCUGAGCUUCAUGGGUGACCUCACAAUGUCCAGGGUGGUGCCUGGCCCACUGCCACAGUCCCAGUCCACCAUGAUGAUAACCCUGUGGCUGCUGCUCAGCUUUGCUGUCCCACUGCUGGGGUUCUAUGUUUCCAUCAGCUGUCCCCCUGGCAAGAAAUGUCAACAGGCCCUACUUUCCAACAACGAUAUCUUUCUAUACUGCAACUCCUCUAAGUCACAGUGGUACUACUACUUCCUGCAAGGUGGGGCCAGAUGGUCCAAGCACCCCACCAGUGUUUCCAACAUAGAAACAAUGCCUGGAGGCAGCAUUCUCAUUAGAAGGCCAUUACCAUCCCAGACGGGCUUCUACAGCUGUCUAGAUGAGAAAAACUUACAAGUGGUGCAGUAUGAGAUUGACUUCCAGGACGUCAGCACCUUGCACAUUACUCAUAGAGGCCUGGGCCAGAAGCCCUUGCAGAAUGAGACCCUGAGUCUGGGCAGCAAGGAGAUUAUCUUCACCAACUGGGAGCCCUGGCAGGACUGUAACAGCUGCGGGAAGCCGGGUGAGCGCAAACGCCUGGGGUACUGCUACAUCCAAGAACCUCAGGAGAAACCCAUGCCCUGCUCACUCUACCUGGGAAGUUCUAGGCUGUGGUCCAGCCGCAUGCGACCUGAGAUGCAGAUAGAAGCCUGCCAUGUCCAGUGUCAAUUAAAUAUUGAGGACAUUACUUUUGAUGACUUCAAGCUCAAUGAGGAGUCAGGAUAUGCAUGGCUCACCUGCCCAUUAGGAUCCAUCUACAGGACCAUCAUCUGGGAAGCUGACAAAACGCCCCUGACCUGGCAGGGCCAGCUCUCUGGCAAGAACGUGAGCGCCCACCUGGAGCCGUCCAGCGGGGGCAGUCAGCUGCAGGUCUUCCGGCCGGCCAUUUACACGUGCUUCGUGCAGCACAGGUUCGCAGCUCGAUUCAAUCCCAGGCCCGAACUGGAUGCGCUGGAGGUACUGCAGAGAGAGAAAGCCAGACAGCAGAAGGAGGCACGAGAGGCCCAGAAGGGGAAGAAUAUCCUCACGGCGCUGAAGCUGAUGCUGGUGGUGGCCACCGUCCUGGGCCCGCUCGGGUUGCUGCUCAAGCUCCUCUGCCCUUCACGGAGUAGAAGAAGAAGCCGGCUGCUACUGGUGAAAUAAAGUGAGCCUGCAGUGCUCAGGAGGCCUGGCCGCCUGUGCCUCCGUCGCCUCCUGUUCUUUCCACAGCCUCGGCCCUGUGCCUGCCCCACACCACACUCCGAAUGCCUGUGGGCCAAAUACCCAUGGCCACAGCUAAGGGCGACUGUUCUGGUCCCUGUUCCAGGUUCACCUCUGUAAACUCAUUAGCAAUCCCCAUUCCACAGAUGAGAAAACUAAGGCAAAGACUACCUGUCUAGUAACUGGAGGGGGCUCCAGUUCAAACCCAGGUUGCCUGGCUCAAGCCCAGUGUUCCUCACAAGGAGAAAAGGAGGGGUGGGGUGAGGCCAUCUUGGGGGUUAACAUCUGGGGUUGGUAAACUGUAGCCACCUAACUCAUUGCACUCUCCUAAGGACAAGGACUGUCAGGGAUGGGAGCGGGUUACCCCCAGGUCCCCCCAGAGCUGCACUGUUCCGCUGCCUUUCCUUGCCCGCCCUUGCCCCACCCUGCCCUCGUUGUGCCUAUGGCCUUUGGACUUAGCUGUAUCUCCCCAAGUCAGAAGGUGCUGCCAGAGUGGUGGCCUGGGACAGUGGGACACAUACCACUCUUCCUGUCUUGUAGUGGAAAAAGCCCCCUCAGACCUCGAGAAAGGGAGACAGAUCCCUCCACCAGGACAAGGAACCAGGCCUGGUCCAGGCAGCCCAAGGGAAUCCCCAGGACUGUCCCAGAUAUUAUAUACAGUUUAGCAGAG